AUGGCGAAAGCAGCAUUAGGAUUUGCGUUUGGGGGAGGCGGAUGGCUCACCACCUGGUACCUUGGCGUUUUGCAAGGCCUGAUCGCCUCUGGGGCGUUCAAGCCUGGAGUUACCCCCAUCUACGGCGUAUCCACUGGCGCGCAAGCCGCCGCGCUCGGCUGCGCCGGCGGCGACCCCUUUGCGGCCGUCGCCGGCGCGCUGUUGGACGCGCAGCACUGCCUCGACACCGGCACGACGCCGCCCUGCCUGCACACGCUCGAUGCGGUCAUGCGCGCGCGCCUCAACGCGUCCCUGCCCGCGGGCGCCGCCAAGGCGUGCAGCGGGCUGCUGACCCUCGGCUUCACCAAGCCGCUGGGGGACGCGAGGCUCGGGCGCUACGGGCAGCCGCGGAUGAUGUGGAAAGGCAACUUCCGGGAGUCAAAUUUCACGAGUGACGCCGACCUCAUCGAUGCGGUGGCGGCGUCGGGGUACCUCCCGUGCACCUCGGCAAACGCCCCCUAUGCCGUUUUCCGAGGGAGACCCGCCAUGGCCGGGGGCUACACGCUGCGGACGCCCUGCCCACGCAACGCCAAACGCUGCGUCACGGUGCACUCUGGCGUCCCCGGGAAGCUCUUCAGCUCGGGCUUCCCUAACGUGUCCGUCGCAGCGGACUCGGCGGCGAGCAGCCUGCCAAGCAGCGGCAGCGGCAGCGGCGGCGGUGCGCUCGGGCGCCGGCUAGCGGCGGUGCCGGCGCCGCUGCCGAGCAGCUGCCCCAUCGAGGUUGGCGCGCCCGAGAUCGUCUUUGGCCGCCGGCCGGGCAUCGACAUCUAUCCCGGCAAGUACAACCCAGUGGCCUACACUUGGUGGACGUGGGAGAGCUGGGUUGUGGCUAAGCCGAGCGUAGAGGGGCUGCGGUACGGGUUUGAGCUGGGCAUUGCGGAUGCGACAUCGUGGGCGCGCGCGGCGAAGAUAAUCAAGUGA